UUUUUGUUGUCAAUGAAUGUUCAUCCCCCACCUGGUGGGUUAGCAAAUUGUCCAAGCUCUGUUCUUGGUUUUCUAAACUUUUGACAGUAGCAGCUUUACCUUUGCACAAGUAUACAUUCUCCACCCAGAAAGAGGAAAAUUUCCCAUUUUCUCUCAAGACUUCUAUGCACCAUUUCUGCAUUUGUGAGCUUUAGAUGAUCUGAAAAGGUUAAGAUCAAGAGUUUGCUGCAGUGAAAGACAAAGAAGAAUGACAAUGAUUGCUAGUAGCAAGGAAGAUGGGAAUUUGAGUGAUAGGAAAAUGGAAGGUGAUGAGGGUAUGAAGACAUUGGAGUGCCUAAGAGGAAGACUACUGGCAGAGAGACAAGCUUCAAGAGUGGCAAAAGAGGAUGCAGAGUUCAUGGGCAAGAAGUUGAUAGAGCUACAGAACAGGCUGAAAGAAGAGAUCAAACUGAAGAACAAAGCUGAAAAGAAGCUCAAAGUCUUGAAGAGAAAGCUUGAAUCUUUGAAACCUUCUUCUGUAUCAGUUGAAUCAGAACAGUCAUGUUCCUCAGAACAUAGUGCAACAUCCAGAAGGCAAUCCACAAGUACUUCAAGCUCCCAUAACCCAGAAGACAAUGAGCCCAAGCCAACAGUCAAAGACUCAGAAUUCUCAGGAAAUUCAAGUCAAAAUCAAGUAGCAAAGUCCACCAUAUCUGAGAAAAGCCAUGAAAGUGAUCCUUUCACUGAAGAACAUUCAACUGCUCAAUGUACUAGUCCUGCCUCCAGUUCAACUUCUAGCUUAGAAUUUCCUUCCCCAGAAUACCAAAUUCACAAAUCUGAAGAUUCAAAGAGUGGUGAUCAUAUUAGGUAUGUAAUUCCAAUCAGGGCACCAUUGCACCAACUUUUAACCCAACUCUUAGUUACUAAUUGAAGUGUUGCAUGCCAUUUUGUUACUCAUUAUAUAUAAAUAAGGUCCUGACUCCUGAGUGAGCUCAAAUCACAUCCAUUGGGAUUGAAAAGUUGGGACAAAAGUUGGUGCCUCUAGCAUUAUCGGAUUUUGAGUAAUGCAUGUAUUCAAAAG